UUUCAAAAUUUACUAAUAUAUGAAUGUUUUAAAUAGUAGCCUACAUAGUUUAUACAGAGCAAAUAGUAAUCAAAAUUGUGAUACUACUCCAGCUUCAACAACACACAAAUCAAAAAAUAAAUUUAAAGGCAAAAAUAAUUUAUCCUUUCAAUUAAAAGAUUCUCCUAAACUUGAUGAUUUCAAAAAUCAGGAUCAAUCUAAUAAAUCAAUAAAUGAAAAUGCUCAAGAUUUCCUACUAUAUAAUUGGUAUGUCCCAAAAUUAAAAUUUGAUGAUUUUAUUGGUUAUGAUAACUUACUUGUUGAAGUAUGCCAGAGCAUAAUUCAUCUAACUCACUCGAAAAUUUAUAAAGAUUUAGAAAUUUUACCUCCAAUUGGUUUAUUAAUACAUGGUCCUCCUGGUACAGGCAAGUCAAUGUUGGCUGAGGCAAUAGCAGGGGAGUUUAGUUGGCCUUUUUUAAAAAUUGCAGGACCAGAAAUUAUAUCUAGCAUAAGUGGUGUUGCUGAAAAAAAAAUACGUAAGGUAUUUGGUGAUGCUUUAACUUUAUCAUCUUUGAUAAAUAAUGAAAAAAAUGAUGAUGAGCCAAAAAAAUGUGUCAUUUUAUUUAUAGAUGAACUUGAUGUUAUUACUCCUAAAAGAGAAUCAACAACUAAAGAUAUGGAGCGAAGAAUUAUAUCCCAAAUUUUGUGCUCUAUUGAUGAUCUCACUCAUAACUCUGAUAGCCAUGUUUUGUUAAUUGCCGCAACCAAUUUUGUUGACUCCAUAGACCCAGGUAUAAGAAGAGCAGGACGUUUUGAUCGUGAAAUUGUAUUAGGAAUGCCAAAUGAGAAUAGUCGAUAUAAACUUUUACAACAUUUCUGCUCAAAACUCAACAUCUCGAGCAAUAUUGAUUUUAGAAAAAUUGUCCGGAAUACGCCUGGUUUUGUUGCCGCUGAUUUAAAAACCUUGAUUCGAGAGGCUACCAUCUCCGCCAUUUCUAGAUCCUUAUUUCAAGAUAACAACUUAAACAAUAACAAUUUAUCCAACACCCUUAUCUCGCAAGAUGACGAUUUAGAUAAACGGAAUUUGAAAACGUAUUUGAACUUUCUCAAGUCGCCUAUCAUGCCUAAAAUUGUCAAUUUAAGUUCGCCUGAUUGCAAGGCUUCACCAUUUUUGAUAACCCUAACAGAUUUUGAAACUGCUCUAAAAAAUGUGAUUCCCUCUUGCAAACGUGAAGGAUUUUAUACCUCAUCUAUAUCUACUAAAGAUAGUAUUCCAGAUUAUAUUUCUGACCAAAAGUGCUUGCCCACAGCCGUCAAUGAAUCAGAUGGUGGCGAGAAGCCAAAUAACAUCGAUACUUCAAUCUCUCGUGACCUACCAAAUUACGAAAAAUGGGACUCGGACGUCGGCGCUUUAUUCAAACUCAAACGGGAACUAACAUUAUGCUUGAGGGGAGCCGUAAAAUAUCCCGAGGUUUAUUCCCUGUUCGGAUUGGCUAACACGAGUUCCGGAGUUCUGCUCGUAGGUCCGCCAGGUUGCGGUAAGACCUUGCUAGCUAAAGCUGUUGCUAGGGAAUCGGCCCUUAAUUUUAUCGCCGUUAAAGGCCCCGAGCUGUUAGACAUGUACGUCGGUGAAACCGAGCGGGCAGUGAGAAAAUGUUUUUCUAGGGCCCGAGAUUCUGCUCCUUGUUUAGUCUUUUUUGACGAAAUCGAUUCUCUUUGCCCCAAAAGAGGAGGUGGUAGCCACGAUGAAAGUGGCGGAAAGGGGGGAGGCAAUAGCGGUACCGGUUACGAGAGUUCCGCUUCAAGAAUAGUCAACCAACUUUUAACAGAAAUGGACGGAAUCGAUUCUAGGAAAAGAGUGUUUGUAAUGGGAGCUACUAACAGAUUAGAUGUGAUUGAUAAAGCUAUUUUAAGGCCCGGUCGUUUUGACAAGAUAUUUUACGUCGAUUUACCCAAUUCCGAGGACCGACUUGAUAUUCUCAAAGUUAUAACCGAUUCUUGCGCCACCAUCUCACGCUCGGCAAAAACAAACUUUUUAAAAAAUCAUCAUUAUGUAGAAUGUCAUUCUGAUUAUGGCUAUGGUCAAAAUUUAUAUUCGCCAUGUGUCGAUUUACAAAAUAUAGCUUAUGAUGAGAGAUGCUGGGGAUUUAGUGGUGCAGAUUUGUCUGCCCUAGUCAAGGAAGCUUCGAGACAAGCUCUUAAAGAUAUUAUAGAAUACAAUGAAAACUUGGAAGAUAGCCUGGAAGCUACCAAUUUUGCAACUAAAAAGCUUAAAUUAGAAAAUAUUUCUAACAGCCAAAAUCAGGAUAAAGUUCAUGAAAAUAAACGUCUCGUUGAAAAUAUGAUGAGAAAUCCAACGGUGAAGAUGGAACAUUUUAUGACCGCUCUAGAUAUAAUCAAACCUUCGGUUACUUUACAGCAAAGAAAAAAUUAUGAAAAGAUGUCACAACAUGAAAAUUGAUUUCACUGUAUAAUACAUUUAUUAUGAUGGGCAGAUCAUUUAACAGAACAAAUUAUAAAUAAAUAUAUAUACCAUCAUAAUAUAAUAAAUAUUAACUAUGUCAUUUGAAUUUUGUAAUCAAUUUUAAAAUGUAUAUAAUUUAUUGGUAAAUGU